UUACUAAAAUUAAUUGUAAAAUUCAGUCCUUAUUUUUGGUCUAAGUGAUUAAUCAAGUAUUAACAAUGAAAACUUAAUUGCAAAUAAGCUCAGAUAUAUAACUUAUCAUUACUUUUUAAAAUAUUUUGAAAAAAUGGUAGAGUAAUGGAUGGGCCAUAGAAUGAGCGUCUGCCAGGCGCUUAUAUAUUUUAUACUAAUUUCGUCAUCUAUCUACGCCUUCAUCAUCGGAAUUGAUGGACCAUUAUUACACCAAGAAGCUUUAGAAGAUGAUAACACAACUCUAUACUGUGAUACAACUUCAGGAAUAGGUGAAGACGAACUUACAUUACUUGUGUGGUAUAAAGGAGAUGAAUCAAUUUACAGCUACGACGCUCGAAGUAAUGAGGAAUGGUCCAGCCAAACAUUUAAUAUUAGUGGUAGAUUAAGCAUUGACAUAAGUAAACGUCCUACGCCGUUGUAUAUUAGAUCUCUGAUUGCAGACGAUGAGGCUCUGUAUCACUGUAGGGUUGAAUUUUUACUCACCCCUACCAGAUAUACUGGAAUCAAUCUCACUGUUAUAGUGCUUCCUAGUAAGCCAUUCUUUCUGGAUGAGAUGGGAAAUAAAAUAGAAAAUAAAAUUGGACCUUACUUUGUCGGAGAUACUUUGGUAAUUAAUUGCCUUGUGAUUGGAGGUAGGCCUCCACCGCAUAUAAGUUGGUACAAUGGCGAAGUUCUAGUGGAUGCUUCUGGCAGUGAAAGUGAUAUACCAAAUGUGCGACAGAAUGAAUUGUAUCUGCCACUUACGAGGGAUACCAACAGAAUAACGUGUAAAGCCACGAACACUGUACUAUCUGCACCUAUAUCGUCGUAUGUAGAUAUAGAGUUAUACCUGUCUGCCAGUAACGUUACGAUACACUGGCUUAAAGAUAUUCAAAGUAAUACUCUUCAAGCUGGAAAUACUUAUGUUGUAAAAUGUACAGCGUAUGAAGUAUACCCGUCACCUGAUAUAGCCUGGUGGUUGAAUCAUAAACAUCUUACUCAGUACAGUAAUCAGACUUGGAACCACAUGACCAAGACAGCGGAGUCAUAUCUUCAGUUAUCACCAACGAUGAAAGAUGAUAGGGCAACAUUGGCGUGUGUCGCCACAAAUCCUGCCAUACCCCCGGGAAAGAAUUCCAAAGCCGAUGUCAUUACACUAAAUGUCACAUAUGUUCCAAUAGUAGAAGUGUCAACAGUAGAAAGUGGCAAAUUAAAUGGUGUUAUCGAGAAUUAUACGUUUAGAUUAAUUUGUGAUGUCAAAGCGAAUCCACGUGCAGAUAGAUUUAUGUGGUAUUUUAAUAAUACAAAUAUCGAUGAAAAUCAAGAUUGGCAAGAAUAUGUAUUCGGAAAUAUGUUAAUAAUUAAAAAAGCUUUCAGAAAACAUACGGGACAAUAUUCUUGUAUAGCCAAAAACAGUAUAGGGGAAGGCGAAGCGGAAGGAAUAAACAUUACUGUACUGUAUGCACCAGAAUGUACUAACAAUGGAGUAUCACUAAUUAAUGAAGUAAUCACCUGUCACGUAAGAUCUGUACCAGAUCCUAGUUCGUUUACGUGGUACAUACGUACAGAUUCACAGUUCGAAGAGUUAACUACAAGAUCUCCGUCCGUAUCUCUUAGUAUAGUUACGAUAUCAUUGACAAAGACAGCUAAUAUUACGUGCGAAGCGAAGAAUGGUAUUGCAAAACAACAAAAGCCAUGUACUAAGAUCAUAAGUUUUAAACAUUUAAGACCGCAAACACCACGACAAUGUGAUUUAUCAUACGAAAGUAAUCAGUUCCAGAUAAAUUGUAUUCCAGUUGAAAAUGCAACACAUUAUGAGAUUACCGUGUGGCGGAUGUCAACAAGUAAUGCAUCUUUAAUACUUAAUUAUAAAAGUGCAAUGGGAUUUGGUGCACAGGCUCUUACUCGAAAUGCUGAUGAAGUUUGGCGUGUUGGUGGUCAACUAGGGACUCUUAGUGAGGGAGACGAAGCAGGCGCAACCGCGUGUAAUCGAUAUGGUUGUUCGGAAAUAUUAUUAUUGAGACCUACUGAGAAGUUGUUAAACGCCGCAAAACUUCCUUGGUGGUAUUUUUUCCUAGAUAAAGACGUGGGUAUUAUAGUUGGCGGUGUCCUGCUGGUUGUUCUAUUCGUUAUGUCAACUGCUAUAGCAGUUUGUGCGGCGAGAAGGUCCCGUGUGAAGCAGCCUGUACCUGUCAUACAAGUCGUGGAAAUAGAUGAUUUAACGCGAGAGAUUCUGAACAGUACCAGAGAUUUGAAGGCGCGCUCAUCUUGUAGCUUGCGCUCUCGUAACAGCGACUACUUGGAGACAGAAGAGGUUGGCUUGACACAAUGGCGCCAUCUGCCAGUCAUACAUGACCCUCCACCACCUGAUGUCACACUCACCAGGCACAGGGAAAGCGCUGUUUAGUGAAACCGAUUUUACAUCGAAUAAAGUAUUACUAAAAUAAAUGCUGUA